AUGUGCACCAGCCCACCAAGUAAAUCCACACAAGCACCAAGUUUUAAUGUGUUAAUCGGGCAUGUAGCGGGUGGCGCCGCCGCAGGCGGUGGUGGUGGGCAGGGUGUUCCCUUUCCUCUGGGUGGGUUGAGCACUGGUGGCACUGUUACUGGAGGGGUCACAAUUGGUGGCAGGGUUACUGGAGGUUUAACUAUUGGUGGCAGGAUUACUGGAGGUUUAACUAUUGGUGGCAGGGUUACUGGUGGUUUGUUUAUUGGCGGCAGGAUCACUGGUGGUUUGACUUUCGGCGGCAGGGUUCCUGGUGGUCUGACUUUGGGUGGGUUUUUGGGUUUCUUGUGUUUUGGUGGGGGUUUGGAACAGUAUCCACAGCCAAGAAUGGGAGUGGCUGAGGAAAUAAAGAGCAUGGAAAUAAAAAGAAAAGCUGUUAUUUUAGAGGACUCCAUGAUUUGA